AUGUCUUUCCGCAGGAGAGUACCUGUUUUGGCGAGAGCAGGACUGGACGUGAGGUUUAAAAGACUGAACCGCGACCAACAAACGGUUGGACAGACUAGCCCUAACGGAUCCAAAGAUGACUUGUUCGACAGCCGGACCGAUGUGUCUCCCGGGAACAGUGUCUCUGUCGACUUUGAGCAGACUCAAGAAGCCUACAAGAGCAAAGACACAUUUGAGCUGCUCAGAAGUUUGCUGGUGUUGAAACUGUGCUCAUUUGAUAUGUUGGUUGAUAAGAAUAAGGAGAUAAUGGACAUUAGCAGGAAACUUCUUGGUCAGAAGGCUUUUGAGCAGUUGAUGAAAAUGACUUUCUAUGGCCAGUUUGUGGCUGGGGAGGACCAUGAGUCCAUCAAACCGCUGAUCCAGAAAAACCAGGCCUACGGGGUCGGAGCUGUUCUCGACUACAGCGUGGAGGAGGAUUUGACGCAGGAGGAAGCAGAAAGAAAAGAAAUGGAAUCGUGUGUGUCUGCCUCAGAGAAAGAAAGUCCAGGGAUAGACCACAGAGAGAGGAAGUUUACAGCGCACAGGAAGUUCGGAGACCGCAGGGAAAAGGUGACCAGUGCUCGGACUUACUUUUACGCCGACGAGGCCAAAUGUGAUCAACACAUGGAAACCUUUCUCAACUGUGUCAAAGCUUCAGGUGGAAGCUCUGAAGAUGGCUUUUCUGCUAUUAAGAUGACCGCUCUGGGUCGACCGCAGUUCCUGCUCCAGUUCUCAGAGGUUCUGGUGAAAUGGAAGCGUUUUUUCAGCUUCUUGGCGGAGAAGCAGGGGAAAGGAGGAUUGGAGGUGCUUGAGCAGAAACUGGAGGUGGAGAAGCUGCAGGAAUGCUUGACAAAACUGGGUGCUAAGGGAGACAUUCAGAGCUGGUUUGCUGGGGAGAAACUAGGCUCCUCGGGUACCAUUGACAUGUUGGACUGGAACAGCUUGAUAGAUGACAGAACGAAGGUAUCUGAUCUGCUCGUUGUUCCGAACAUCGAGACCGGUCAGUUGGAGCCUCUCCUAAGUAAAUUCACAGAAGAAGAGGAAAAACAAAUGAAGAGAAUGCUUCAGAGGGUGGACGUCCUGGCCAAGCAUGCCGUGGAAAACCGAGUCCGGCUGAUGGUGGACGCUGAGCAAACCUACUUCCAACCUGCCAUCAGCAGACUCACCCUGGAGAUGCAGAGGAUCUUCAACAAGGAGAAACCUGUCAUCUUUAACACGUACCAGUGCUACCUGAAGGAGGCUUUUGAUAACGUUUCCAUGGAUGUCGAGCUGUCGAAGAGAGAGGGCUGGUUCUUCGGUGCGAAGCUGGUCCGUGGAGCAUACAUGCACCAGGAGAGGGCCAGGGCAGAAGAGAUCGGAUACGAGGACCCGAUAAACCCAAACUACGAGUCCACAAACCAGAUGUACCACAAGUGCAUUGACUAUGUGCUGGAGGAGAUUGGUCAGAACAGAAAAGCUAAUGUCAUGGUGGCAUCCCACAAUGUGGACACAGUGAAAUUCACCCUGAGGAGGAUGAGUGAGUUGGGCCUCGAGCCCUCCGAUAAGAUGGUCUACUUUGGGCAGCUGCUGGGGAUGUGUGAUCAGAUCAGCUUCCCACUCGGCCAAGCGGGUUUCCCGGUGUACAAGUACGUUCCGUACGGUCCGGUAAACGAGGUGAUUCCGUACCUGUCCCGCCGGGCCCAGGAGAACCGGGGUUUUAUGAAGGGAGCUCAGAUGGAGAGUGACUUACUGUGGAAAGAGCUGAUCCGUAGACUCAACAGUGGAGAAGUGUUCUACAGGCCAGUUCUAUAA